CCUGGUUUGUGCAGCCUCCAGGCUUGAGCUGCUGCUUCCUGGGAGGAGGAGCGGGCAGGCUAGAGCGCAGCCUUCCAUAGCCAUCACAAGGAUGAUGUGGAGUCUGCUGAUUCGUAGCUAUUGCAUGCUGUGGGCCUGCACUGCAAGGCCAGGCCUGGUGAGGAAGGCAGAUGUUAAGAGUGUGGGGGUUCAAGUAGCUUCAUCUUCCUGCGCUGUCCCAGGGAGGUGGCAGUAGGUGCCUAAGAGCUGCACCUGUAAUGUGGCUGUGUCCUGAUGGGAUAGUGAUAGGUCCUCAGGAGCAGCUUUUGGGUUCAGCUACAUGUGGUGCGGCAGAGGAAGACUUGGGACAGGGCAGCCAGUCCCUCAGGCACUGCAGCACCCCUGCAGCACCUACUGUGCUGCCCAGUCUCCUUGCUGUAGCAGUUGAAUCAAACAACGCUCUUGAACACUUCAGUUUGGCUGGCCUGAACAGAACUGGAGGGAGGAGGAGAUGGACUGCUUGGAGAGCUGGUCCAUGCUGCCAUGAGGCAGGAGUGCAUUCCUGCACAGAGGAAAGAGGGCACCGAGAAGUCAAACUGGUAUGGCCAAGAGAUGAUUUCCAGCCUGCUGUCUGUCUGUGUGCUUUGGGGUCAUGAAAGUAGCAGCGGAGAAUGAUCUUGCUAUGCUUGGCAGCCCCUAGCCAGUACUGUGAGACAAAGCAGGGAGGACUACACAGUCAUAUGGUGGAGGUGUCCCACUAAACCUGCAUAGCUCUGGGUGGUUCUUUGGUAGCUAGAAUCAGCUUAUCCUGGAGGAGAUGGUUUGGAGCCUAAAAUGGAAACCAUAAAAUGAGGCUCUGGAUCCCCAAAUGAGGCUUUGGACCCUGAGAAGCAUUUGAACCCAAAACUGAGGCUUUGGAUCCUCAAAUUGAGAGAGUGGCCACAAAAAAUUAACAUUGUUGAGCUUGGGUAAGGGAUCUCAAAAUUGGGACUUUGGACUUUGAGAAAGGUUCCUCAAACGGCUGUUUUGGGUCCUAAAGAGGAAGCAUUAGUCGCAGUAACAGAGGCUAUGGACCUGAGGGAAAAAAAUCAAGACUGAAAGGGGGGUUGUGUUCCAGAAAUUAUGAUUUGCACCUCAGCAUGGGGCUUUAGAAUUUAAAGCUGGGGCUUUGAACUCCCCUGUUCAGGUGCUGCUGGAUCCCAAAAUGAUGCUUUGAUCCCUCAAAAUGGGUAUUUGGACCAUAAAAGGAGGCUCUGGGCCCCAAUUUUCAGGUCUUAUCUGAUAGAAUGGGGAUCAGGGAACUUAAAAAGAUGGGUCUUUUCUUUUUGGACCCUAAAAAGGCGGCUUUGAAGUAUAAAGUGAAACUGUGGGGCCUAAAAAUUAGAUGUUACACUGUGAAAAUGGCAGCCUAGGCCAUAGAGCUGUUAUCAACCUGUAUCAGAGCUGAGAGUAUAAGCGAAGUAAUGACAGCUUUUGGUUCAAAACGGAGCCUCAGAGCCCCGACAGCAAGAGUUUGGUCACUAAGAGCUGAGAGUUCAGACAAGCAAAAGACAACUUGCUAUCACAGAUAGAGGCUUGAGACCUGAACAAGUUUGGAAUCUGGAAAUGGACCUUGGAAAAGAAAGAGCUUUGGGAGCCUGGAAAAGGGGGCAUCUGGACCCUAAAAUAGGCCUUAUGACACUGAAAGGAUUAUUUGUAACUGAAAUGGAGGAUCUGGGUCCUGAAGAGCAGGCGCUGGGAACUAAGAGCCAUAGAAUCGUUUAGGUUGGAAAACUUUGCUUAAAGCCUGUGGGGCUUCAGGGAGGCUCCAGACCAACCCGGUACUCACAGACGCUUUAUGCUACCCUAGGCAGCCGCACCUCCCCAUCCCGCUGCCCCGCUCAGCCACGAGCAGCGGCGGGCACGGUGCCGCCCCUUCCGCGAGGAGGCGGGAUGGGGCCUCCCUGCCGCCGGAGGGCGCUCGACCGCGCGGCCGUCUCCGCGCGCGCUACUCCGUUGCUACGGGGGCGGGGAGGAGCCAAAAACAAACGGCAGCGCGCGGGAGGGCGGCAUGGCUGCUGGCGGCGCGAUCCGUCCCUAGAGAGGCAUUUCAGAGGCCACAGAGAUGCCAUCACUAGUGUGGACUUCAGUCUCAAUAAGAAACAAUUGGCAAGUGGUUCAAUGGAUUCAUGUCUGAAGAUCUGGAGUAUGAAACCUCAGAUGAGAGCCUAUUGCCUUGUGGGCCACAAAGAUGCAGUGAUGUGUGUUCAGUUUUCCCCUUCUGGCCACCUUGUAGCUUCAGGCUCCAGAGACAAAACAGUCUGCUUAUGGGUUCCAAGUGUCAAAGGAGAAUCUACUGUGUUCAAGGCUCACACAGCAACUGUGAGAAGCGUUCAUUUCUCCAGCGAUGGCCAGUCCUUGGUUACAGCUUCCGAUGACAAAACAAUCAAAGUGUGGACAGUUCACAGGCAGAAGUUUUUGUUCUCACUCAGUCAACACAUAAAUUGGGUUCGUUGUGCCAGAUUCUCUCCUGAUGGACGAUUAAUAGCAUCAGCCAGUGAUGAUAAAACUGUCAAACUGUGGGAUAAAACUAGCAGAGAAUGUAUACAUUCCUUCUGCGAGCAUGGGGGGUUUGCAAAUCACGUGGAGUUUCAUCCCAGUGGUACGUGCAUUGCUGCAGCUGGUACAGAUAAGACUGUGAAGGUGUGGGAUGUUAGGAUGAACAGACUUCUCCAACAUUAUCAAGUGCACACCGCUGCAGUAAACAGUCUUUCCUUUCACCCCUCUGGAAAUUACCUGAUUACUGCUUCCAAUGAUUCAACUCUCAAAAUUCUGGACUUGCUCGAAGGAAGACUUCUGUAUACUCUUCAUGGUCACCAGGGUCCAGCCACCUGUGUAGCAUUCUCCAGAACAGGAGACUUCUUUGCCUCUGGAGGAUCUGAUGAGCAGGUGAUGGUAUGGAAGACUAAUUUCAGUGCAGCAGAUUACGAUGGAGUUCUGAAAACACACAAGUCUGGUGCUACUGUGGAUGGAACCCAUCACCGUCUGCCACCAGAAAUGGAUUGUGGUGUUCAUCUUAAGAAAACAAAAUCUCAGGAUACUGGUAGGAACCAUGAACGGCAAGAGGAGGAUGUCCAUCUUGCAGAUACCUUGGAACAUAUUAUAGGACAACUGGAUGUUCUGACUCAGACAGUUUCCAUCCUGGAGCAGAGGCUGACGCUCACAGAGAACAAGCUGAAGGAGUUUCUGGAGAACCAGCAGAAAAUCAUUCAGAACAAAGAGAACUGAGUUUGUAAAAGAGGAGCACUGCUGAGGGCCCUUGGAGGUUGUGGGGGUUUGUAUUCCUAACAGACUGGGUGACUUUAAUGAUUUGGAGAGUAAUCAAUUUUUAAUUGAUAUGUAUAGUUACUGCAUCUGUAAAUACAAAGCUUUGUUACUUUACUAAAAUAAAAGAUUUUUAUUUAUAA